CCUGCCGGAUUACAGCCUAUACGCAGUCAGUGAAGGUUUUAUUCUCUUCGCAUGAGGAAAACAUCGUGUCUGAAAGCUGUCACAUGGGGCCAAGGAGGAAAAAAAUCGCUUCCUGAAAUGAUCCUCGUCACCGGCUGUGUGUUGUUGUUUUAUUGUUUUUUUCUUUCUUUCUCUAACGUAAUCUCACACCGGGUUUAAUUUCCCCUCGUCCGGAUCUGCUUUUCUUUUCUUUUUUUUUUUUUUUUUGGCCGAGUGUCGUUGCCGAUGAUGAUCAGCAAAGUUAAAAACGCGAUGUCCACUCUGGUGGGAGGGAUGAUGCCGCACGGACACCACCACCACCACAACCAUCACUCAGGUGGCGGCCAGACCUGCGGACCGGACAGCCUGCCGCCGCGCUUCCCCUACGGUCGGCCGGAUUUCUUGGACCUCACCCCGGAGCUCCUGCAGUACUCCACCGAGCAUGCAUCACGGCCGGUGCUCGCGUUAAAGAGAGGCAGCAGGCUUCCCUGGAGGACGGGAUACGCAGAGGUGAUCAAUGCGGGGAAGAGCAUGCUCAACGAGGACCAGGCCUCUUGUGAGAAACUGUUUGUGAGGAAGCCGAGCGGCAAACACCGAAACUCCACUCUGCUGGAGGACAACGGGGAUGGAACAGGAAUUCCUCUCCACUUCUGGGGAGUGUUUGAUGGGCAUGCAGGUUCUGGAGCCGCCAUCAUGGCCUCCAAACUUCUUCACCGCCUCAUCAGAGACCGUCUGGGAGAAAUCUGCCACCUGCUGGAGAAUCCCACCAGCGCCCCACCUAUCUGCUUGGCCAAGAACGGCAGCCCGUACCAGGCAGAAACGAAGAAAGGAGCUGCACAGGAACCAGAGGACCCCGAUGCUAUCAACGACUCCUCAGUGCGCUUCCACAUGGAGAAGGCUGUCAGUCUGGAGAGCCUGGUGAUGGGAGUCAUAGAGACCGCCUUCAAACAGAUGGAUGACCUAAUUGAAAAGGAGAAGCUGUCCUAUGCCAUCUCUGGUGGGUGUUGUGCCUUAGCUGCUAUUCACUUAAUGGGGAAACUCUAUGUGGCCAAUGCUGGAGAUAGCAGGGCCAUAAUCAUACGAAAUAAUGAAGUUAUCCCCAUGACUAAUGAAUUCACACCUGAGUCAGAGAGACAGCGGCUACAGUAUCUGGGCUUCCUGAGGCCGGAGCUUCUGGGUAAUGAGUUCACUCACAUUGAGUUCCCUCGUAGGAUCCAGCACAGUGAGCUGGGCAAAAAGAUGCUCUACAGAGACCACACCAUGACUGGCUGGGCUUAUAAGACAAUCAUUGAAGAUGAUCUGAAAUUCCCCCUGAUCUAUGGAGAAGGGAAAAAGGCCCGUGUCAUGGCAACAAUUGGAGUGACCCGCGGGCUGGGAGAUCAUGACCUGAAGGUGUAUAACUCCAACAUUUACAUCAAGCCCUUCCUGUCAUGCGUCCCUGAGGUGAAAGUGUAUAACAUGGAUGAAAACAAACACGGCCCAGACGACGUCUUGGUCAUGGGCACAGAUGGAUUGUGGGACGUGACAACUGACAGGGAAGUGGCAGAUGCUGUGUCAGCCUACUUAUCCUGCUGUGACCCCUCUGAUCCCAUGAGGUAUACACUGGCAGCCCAGGACCUGCUGAUGAGGUCUCGAGGAGUGCUGAAAGAGCGCGGCUGGCGGCUACCCAAUGAUAAACUGGGCUCAGGCGAUGACAUAACUGUAUUUGUCGUCCCGCUGGCAGGGCACGAGUCAGAGACAUGAUGAGGUGUUGUAACGACCGCUAUGACAGAGCUGACUCUCAAGGGUCCUCCCCACAGUCCGUCCAACCUCCCUAUACCCUGGACUGAUGGGGCAGCGGGAGAUUUAAAAAAAAAAAAAAAAAACCUUUGUCAUAGGGAAGACUCGGGUCUGAGCAGCAUCUUCAUCAACCACUGGAUCAGACCCUGAACCCAGCUGCUUCACUUCAAGCCAUCCCAGAAUCCCAGCUCCUUCGGUCUCAGUCAUGUAACAAAAAGAUUUUCAGUGACAUUAUAAGAGAAGUCACAGCCUGUCUCCCAGACCUGAUAUUUGUGACAGUUACAAGUGAAAAAUUCCCAUGUUGUAUUUUUGUUUCCUGUUAAUGUCCAGGGCCCGACCGCUACCUUUGAACGGAUUGUUCAUUUUCAUGUCAUGUCCUAAAUGUGACACUCUUUUGUAAAAAAAAAAAAAAAAAAAGAAAAAAAAAGAAAUAUGAAAAAAAAGCCUCCCGCAGUUUCACAAUCAUAACAUGUAAAGGGGAUUGUAGAAGAGAAUAUGAGGAAACCAAAGAGAUGCCGCUAUGGCAUGAGGAUGGAAAUCUGUACAAAUAAAUACAUAAAAGAUAAACAAUAAAACAAAACAAAAAAAAAAUUACAUUCAUGUCUGUACAUUAAAGAAGCAUGGAGGAUGCAAAAACAGAGGAAUGGACCCAAACAGAAUCAGCUGAGUCUGUGUCACUGUAUUUCCUCUGUUUCAGUAAUGAUCAAUGAAUGAUGACACCUGAGGCACUUGAAAAUUGUUGCACAUGCUCUGUGGUAGCGUGUUGAUUUGUGAUCUCUUUUUAUUGAAUGUGCUCAUAAAUGGUUUAUUUUAUUUUUGUCAUCACAAUGAGGAGAGCAGAGGGUUAUGUUUGUGUUCAGUAAAAAUAAUCAAAAUAUGAAGUGACAUUUGUGUAAGUUGUUGUUUUAUGACAUGUUUUCUUUGUUUAACCCUCGGAGGAGAAAGUAAAUUGUUCUCUGUAAAUGUGCUGGUAUAGUAAGAUGUGAUGAACUUCACACAUGCCUUAUUAAGAGGUGAGGGGGACUCCAGAGUUUUUUUCUGCCGAUGCACUAAAUUUGAUCCAUGUAGAAGUGGCAAAAAAACAUUGUAUGCCCUUAAGUGUACUGUAUACUUCUUUUGUACCAUUUUUGUCAUGUCAUAUUGUUAAUUAGAUUAUCCAUAUAUUUUUAAAGACAACUUUGGUUGUGAGCAGUAUCAGAAGGUUUAUUUUGUAUGUCUCUAUCCAUACUUGUUUGUUUAGAAAGAUGUGUCCUAGAAUUCGAGCUACCAAAAUGUGAGAUAGAGGGAUAACAUGUACCAGUUUAGAAAUAAAUCCGAUUUUUCCCA